AUGGGACUUGUUGAUGCUUCGUUGGCUUUGCCAUAUAAACCACGCUCCAAGACUGUGCUUCCUUUGCACGUAAUCCUCCAACUAACACAAUUGCUCAAAAAAUCUGUCUUUAGCAGAAAAUUUUACCAAGAAAUUAACGACAAGGUUCUUUCCAAAACAUCUACAGUGGAUCAGAACCUUUAUUUUCUAUGCUACUUUUCGUUAUUGAUCUCCGCAAUUCUCAAUAACAAAUACAAUAUCUUGCAAUUUUUGCGUGAACAACGAUACAAACUACUUCAGAUAGUAAAGAGUGGUGCAGGUAAGUUGGGAGUGAACACAUCUGAAAGUAAGAUAUUGAACCAACCCAAACCAGUACCAGUGCCCGAGUCACAGCAGAAACCUUCGCAACUUGCAUUUCAUUUAAAGAAAAUUAACUCCUACCUUGCCGAUGUGCGUAUUUUUAAUAGAUUGACGGACUCCAUCAAAUACAUGCCAUGGGCUAUUGACGAGUUCCAAUCAUGGCGCAACCCCAGCGCCACUACACCCAAGGUUGACAGAUUUGUCAAUUUUGUCCAAGCAGUAAAUUGUAUCGUUUUGGAAUUAUUUGAAAAUGCAGGCUGGCUUACAGACCACGACUGGGUCGGUACGGGUGAUAAUCCAUAUUGGUGUAUUGAAACUUAUAUAUGGUGUUGCCGUGUAUGGGGUGCCUACUUGGUAAUUGAGAUUGUCGAAUUGUUGAGAAGAACACCUGUGAGUAAAUGGAGCAACAAAACGUGGCAGAUUACAUUGUUUAAAAAUGCAAUUCAAUUGCCAUUGGUCUUGCAUUGGUGCUUAAGAGACGGAUGUUUGACUCCCUUCUGGGUUGGUUUAUGUGGAUGUGGCGCUUCAUGGUGGAACUUUAAAGAUAUGUGGAAAUCAAUAGACUUGUCAUAG